UUCUCUCUUUCUCUCUCUUUCUUCUCCAAUACGUACACAUCCUACACUCAAAAAACUCACAGAGAGAAGGAAAAGAUAAAUUACAAAUGAAUCUCUCUUCACCAUAAUCCAAUUCCUCUAACAGCAAAAACAGCACUGCCAUGGGCGUUGUGGACAUGUCGAAUAAUCAUCCUCCUCCUUCUCAUGAGACCAAAGAUUUUUUUUCCUCUCCCGCUCUCUCUCUGAGUCUCGCCGGAAUAUUCCGAGAUGGAGGCGGAGUGGGGAGUAGUGCCGGAAAUAUGGAGACGACGGAGGAGGUUGACGACGGAAGUGCGGCGGUGAGCAGAGGAGGUCGGCCGAGAGAAGAGACAUCGACGGUGGAGAUUAGCAGUGAGAAUUCGGAACCAAUGAGAUCACGCGGUUCAGAUGAUGAUUUGGAGCAUGACGAUACUUGCAACGAAGACGAAGAAGAUCCAAACAACAACAAUAAGAAGAAGAAAAGGAAGAAAUAUCACAGACACACUGUUCAACAAAUCAGAGAAAUGGAAGCCUUAUUCAAAGAGUCACCACAUCCAGAUGAGAAGCAAAGGCAGCAGCUCAGCAAGCAAUUAGGCCUUCAUCCGAGGCAAGUCAAGUUCUGGUUUCAAAAUCGGCGAACCCAAAUAAAGGCAAUACAGGAACGCCAUGAAAAUUCAUUGUUAAAAGCUGAAAUUGAAAAGCUUCGCGAAGAAAAUAAAGGAUUAAGGAUGACGACUUCAAAGAAUCCUUCUUGUCCUAAUUGUGGAUUUGCUAGCUCUAGCAAUAAUGCUCCUACUCUUCCUGCUGAAGAACACCAAUUACGAAUCGAAAACGCCAGACUUAGAACUGAGGUUGAAAAGCUUAAGGCAGCAUUGGGAAAAUACCCACUAGGGACAUCACCAAAUAGUUCCUCUUCAUGUUCAGGAGGAAAUGAUGAAGAAAAUAAGAGCGCUUUAGAUUUUUACAGCGGCAUUUUUGGUCUUGAAAAAUCACGAAUUAUGCACGUGGUUAAUCAAGCAAUGGAACAAGUUAGAAGGAUGGCUAUUAGUGGAGAACCACUGUGGAUCAGAAGCUUUGAAAUUGGAAGAGAAAUACUUAAUUAUGACGAAUACAUGAAGGAGUUUCCUCCUAUAGACAAAUCUGGCGAUGUAAAGUCUAAGAGAAUGUGUAUUGAAGCUUCCAGAGAGACAGGAAUUGUAUUCAUGGAGCUCCCUCGACUUGUUCAGACUUUCAUGGACGUAAAUCAAUGGAAAGAAAUGUUCCCAUCCAUGAUUUCAAAGGCUGCAACAGUAGACGUGAUUUGCAAUGGUGAAGGUGCUAAUAGCUGGGAUGGCGCAGUUCAGCUAAUGUUUGCAGAGGUGCAGAUGUUAACGCCAGUAGUGGGGACGAGAGAAGUGUAUUUUGUGAGAUAUUGCAAACAAAUGAGUGCAGGACAGUGGGGAAUUGUGGACGUUUCUGUGGACAAAGUUGAAGGCAACAUUGACGCUUCUCUCCUCAAAUGCAGAAAAUUACCCUCAGGAUGCAUUCUACAAGAACAAUCCAAUGCACACUGCAAGGUAACGUGGGUGGAACACUUGGAGUGCCAAAAAAGCAUAGUGGACUCUCUGUACCGUGUAAUUGUCAACAGCGGCCAAGCUUUUGGAGCAAAGCGCUGGGUGGCUACUCUUCAGCAGCAAUGUGAGCGCCUCCUCUUCUUCAUGGCAACCAACAUUCCUACCAAGGACAGUACUGGUGUUGCCACGCUUGCUGGUAGAAAAAGUAUACUGACAUUGGCACAAAGAAUGACUUGGAGUUUCUACCGCAUGCUUGCAGCUUCAAGUUAUAAUACAUGGAACAAGGUCCCUAGCAAAACAGGCCAAGAGGAUAUUAGGUUGGCCUCUAGAAAGAACUUAACUGAUCCUGGUGAACCCCUAGGCCUCGUUCUCUGUGCUGUUUCAUCCAUUUGGUUACCUGUCUCACGCAACGUCCUAUUUGAUUUCUUGAAAGAUGAAAACCAUCGCCAUGAGUGGGAUGUCAUGCCAAAUGGAGGUCCAGUGCAAUCCGUUGCAAAUUUAUCAAAAGGUCAAGACAAAGGAAAUGCAGUCUCAAUCCAAGCAGUAAAAUUAAGAGAGAACAACAUGUGGAUCCUCCAAGAUACUUGCACCAAUGCUUAUGAAUCCGCAGUGGUCUAUGCUCCAGUGGACAUUGCAGGCAUGCAAUCUGUUAUAACAGGUUGUGACUCGAGCAAUAUUGCUGUGUUACCUUCGGGAUUCUCAAUCCUCCCCGAUGGCCUAGAGUCGAGGCCUUUUGUUAUCACUUCUAGACCAGAGGACAGAAGUUCAGAAGGAGGAUCCUUGCUAACAGUCGCUUUUCAGAUUCUAACUAGCAAUUCUCCUACAGCAAAACUUUCAAAGGAGUCCGUUGAAUCCAUCAACAACCUUUUGUCGUGUACAUUGCACAAGAUCAAGACAAGAUUCCAAUGUGACAAUGGAUAUUAAUUCUUCUAGAUAGAAAGAUGCUAAUUUCAUUAUACAGAUGAUAUAGUUCUUUUCCUUCAUCCUUUUCAUCUGUUUCCUUCAUCCUUUUUCAUCUGUUUCCUUCAUCCUUUUCAUCUGAACAGGCUGAUGAAAAGGAUUCAGGAACAAUGGGUUCUUCCCCCGUUAUUGUAAUUCCCCUCUCAUCCAGAUAGUAAAGGAAACUUGUUCAAACACAAUAGUUUACAUACUAUAAGAA